AUGAAGACGAUGAAGACGAUGAUGAAGACAACGACGACAAAGACGAAUAAGACGAAGAAGAGGACGACGAAGACGAAGGUGCAGAAGGACGAAGAAGACGACGAAGAAGAACACGAAGAAGAAGACGACGAUGAAAAAGAAGAAGAAGACGGAAAAGACGAUGAAGAAGAAGACAAAGAAGAAGAUGAAGAUGACGAAGACGAAGAAGAAGACGAAGAAGACGAAGAAGAAGAAGAAACGACGAAGACGAAGAAGAAGAAGAGGAAGACGACGACGAAGAUGAGGACGAUGAAGACGAUGAUGAAGACGACGACGACAAAGACGAAUAAGACGAAGAAGAGGACGACGAAGACGAAGGAUGACGAAGAAAACGAAUACGACGACGAAGAAGACAAAAACGAAGAAACCGAAGAAGAUGAAGAAGAAGACGACGAAGGAGACGACGAAGAAGAAGAAGAAGACGAAGAAGAAGUAGAAGACGAAGAAGACGUAGAUGAAGAAGACGAAGAAGAAGACGACGAUGAAGAAGAAGACGAAAAAGACGUAGAAGAAGAAGACAAAGAAGAAGAAGAAGACGAAGAUGAAGAAGAAGACGAUGAAGAAGAAGAAGACGACAAAGAAGAAGACGACGAAGACGACGAAGACGAAGACGAAGAAGACGAAGACGAAGAAGACGAAGAAGACGAAGAAGAAGACGAAGAAGACGACGACGAAGAA